CAACGCUUCGAUGCUAACCUGAGACAAAGGGCGAAUACGACGAAUGUAUUAUUAUUAUUAUCAUUAUUAUUAUUAUUGCUAUAAUAUUCAUCAAGCAAUUUAAAAAUGUUGAAAGAGUUGGUGCGGGAGCGACUAAUGGUGGCAGCGGAUGAAAUAUUCGCGCUGUUUGAAAGAACGAUAGCGUCGUACGAGAAGGAACUUUCUAGAAGAAUCGAGAAGGAGCGACUGGGAGCUGCUGGAACAACUAAAGUCGUGUUACAUCCCCAAGAAGCCCAGGAGCCGAUUCUGCAACAAGAACGUCCCCCUCAGCCACAGGAGGGAAUCUCCGCUUGGAACCAGGAGGAUCCACAGCCCCCCCAUAUUAAAGAUGAAGAGGAGGAACCAUGGAUCACUCAGAAGGGAGAUUAUCUUCUCGGACCAGAGGAAGCGGAUCUCGCCAAGUUGCCACUGACCGUUGUCUCCGUGAAGACUGAAGACGAUGAAGAGAAACCACCCGAGUCCUCUCAGCUUCAUCACAGUCCAGGUGAGGAGACCAGAUGGGCGGAGCCUCCUGGCUGUAGCUCAACACAACACAUGACAACAGAAGCUUAUGGAGACCACUGUGGGGGGUCGCAAGCAGAUAGUGAGACAGAGGACCGGGACAACGCCCAAGAACCUUUGAGCAGCGAUGCACACUGUGAAGGCGACGCCGACAACAAACACUCCAAAAAGAAGGCCGGUAGAAAAUGCUCAUUUUGUGACAGAAGUUUCUGCAACAAAAAGGAGUUUGCCCGACACAUGACCUCUCACAAACCUUUCAGUUGCUUACUUUGUGGCAACACCUUUACUCGCCGGUCCACUUUGAAGAGGCACAUGAUAACCCACACCGGAGUAAAACCCUUCAUUUGUUCAGUGUGCGGCGAAAGAUUCACACAAAAGUCCAACUUGAAAACGCACAUGAGAACACACACUGGAGAAAGACCCUUUAAAUGCUUGCUUUGUGGCAAAACCUUCUCUCACAAGUCCAAUUUGCUCUCACACAUUAGGACACACACCGGGGAGAAGCCCUUCAUUUGCUCCAUUUGUGGCGAACGAUUCUCUCAAAAGGAAAUACUGCGAAGGCACAUGAAAAGACACACCGGGGGAAACCCUUUUUAGAGGUUUGUGACUAAAGGUUCUCUCUGACGACAUGCGUGGUAAAACAGGAGAACACACGCAGGAAGAUGUCAACCUUGUAAAUGAUCAGUUUGUGGCCCAAAGACUUUGUCUUUGAAGAGUGACUCCAUGCUGGCAGUGUGGUGUCGCAUACAAAUCAAGCGUUCCAAUGACUUCAAAUUAUUUAUUUUGCUUGCUUUAAUGUAAAAACACAACCUGCCAGGUUAAGUAUCAGCUCAAAUCAGCAACUAACUCCUACCACCUCAUCAUCAUCAUCAUCGGCAGUCACUCGAAGCGAGUUUGACGAUCCUCCUGGUAGGGGUGUAUCCCUUUAUGGAGGGCGCGUGACUUUGUUUAACGUGGGGAGACUGGUGCACAGACAGUCACCACACAAUCCUUGACAGAUAGUCCAAGACGACUGGGGACCCUUUUCUGCUGCAGCCUUCUUCCGCCAUCCCAGCCGUUGUGACGCUCCAUAGGGUUAGCAAUCAUCCUCCGCCUGUUCCACCGUUGAGGUCUUGGGUUGUAAGUCCCCCAUAACUGGGCCCACAUGGAUGUGGGGGUGCCUUCUUCCGCCAUCGCAGCCGUUGUGGUGGUUCUUACAUCCACCAUCUUCCGCCUGCUCCGCCGUUGAGGUCUUCACCGUAUCCCUGGCUUUGACACACUUGUGAUUUAGGGCUAUGUAAAUAAACUUUGAUUGAUUGAUUGA